UACUUGAAUGCAACGCUCAAAAGUCAAAAGGAAUUGCAGCAGCGCCAUCCUGUGACGGAACCUGGAACUUGCCCAUUUACUGGUCCUUCAAUACGUGUCCGCCAGCAAGUGCCUGUUUUUUUUUUUUUCUCCCAGUGAAUUCUGACUGUUCCAGUUUUGCAGCCCUUCACUGAAACAUGGGGGAAAUAACGAUCCCGCGGCGCUUGUUCCUCUGGUGCAUGUCCCUCAUCUACAUGUGUGCUUUUGUUUCUCUCUACGUGCAGAUUCCAGGUCUUUAUGGUAAUGAGGGACUGUUGCCUGCCCGUCGGAAGCUGCGAUACACUGGUAAACCAUUGGGGGAGCAGCUGCUGUCCACUCCAACACUGUUGUGGUUGGGACCUCAGCUUGGCCUGGACACGCACACUGCCAUGGAGCUGCUGUGCCUCACGGGGGCCGUUCUGAGCCUUUCUGCUCUGCUGGUGGAAGCUCUCAGAGACAGCCUGGUGUUCUUCUGCCUCUGGGCCCUGUACAUGUCCAUGUACCAGGUGGGCCAGGUUUUCCUUUACUUCCAGUGGGACAAUCUGUUGCUGGAAACUGGAUUCCUCUGUAUCCUUGUUGCACCUCUGACAUUAAUCAGAGGGUCACAAAGGCCAAGAGAGCAUGACGGCAUAACCUUCUGGCUCAUCCGCUGGCUGCUCUUCAGGCUAAUGUUUGCCUCAGGUGUAGUGAAGCUCACAUCACGCUGUCCGACAUGGUGGGGCCUUACAGCCUUGACAUAUCAUUAUGAGACCCAGUGUAUCCCUACCCCUUUGGCUUGGUUUGCUCACCAUCUGCCCGUGUGGUGGCAGAAGCUCAGUGUAGUGGCAACUUUCUUUAUUGAAAUUGCUGUGCCUCUGUUGUUCUUCAGUCCACUCCGCAGGCACCGACUCGGCUCCUUUUAUAUGCAGGUUCUGCUACAGGUGUUGAUUAUUUUGACUGGUAACUAUAACUUUUUUAACCUGCUGACGUUGGCGCUGUGUCUGUCUCUGCUGGACGAUCAGCACGUCUACUUCUGGCUUCGCAAGACGGACGUAAACAACAACAAAAACGAGUCCAGAUUGAUAAUGUGGUCGUGUUACCUGGUGGAGCUGGCAGUGUGGGCUCUGAUGGUGUUUGGGUCUAUUAAAUGUUUUGACCUUCAACUGGAUCUUACCAAGAAAACCAUGUCGUCCAGGACGGCGUUCACAUUCCACCAUUUUAAUACGUUUCUGAAGGCCAUCACAAUUCCCUGUAUCUGGAUCGGCAUUCACUCUUUGACCUGGGAGAUGGUUAGGGCCAUGUUUAGGUGUGCAUGUGUUGAUGGGUUUCUGAAGAGAUUUCUUGGAACCGUUCAGUGGACCGUGUUUGCUGCCGCCGCUGCUGCCAUGUUCGCCGUCAGUUUGGUACCGUUCACUUACAUCGAGCACGACUCUAAUACCAGGUUGUGGCCCGCAGUGCAUCGUGCCUAUGAAUUUGUGGAUCGCUACCAGGUAGUCAACUCCUACGGCCUUUUUAGGAGGAUGACCGGCGUUGGUGGAAGGCCCGAAGUCGUCAUUGAGGGUAGCUAUGAUGGAAUCGAAUGGACGGAGAUCGAGUUCAUGUUUAAGCCGGGAAACCUAAGUGCGCCCCCUGCUGUGGUGACCCCUCACCAACCUAGACUGGACUGGCAAAUGUGGUUUGCAGCCCUUGGGCCUCACCAUCAAGCUCUUUGGUUUAGCAGCCUGAUGUACAGACUACUUCAGGGCAAGAGAGACGUGAUCGAACUGAUCCAGACGGAUGUGUCAAAGUAUCCUUUCCACCUGGAGCCGCCUGCCUACCUGAGAGCUCACCUCUACAGAUAUUGGUUUUCUCAUCCCAAGGAUAGCUGGUUUCACCCACAACCCUGGUGGAGGAGGGUCUACGAUCGGGAGUAUUAUCCCACGGUGCACCUGGACAGCAAUAUCCUGGAGAGCGUAGUCAAAGAAUUUGGCCUUAAUGACAAGUCUACUCCACACCAAACUUCCAACAAAGUUAUAGCCCAAGGAGUGAGGUGGGUUCGCUCUCAGGUCAGAGGCGUUCCUGCCCCCAUACUGAUUUGGACGCUUAUCGCCUGCAGCGUCACGUUCAGUUUAAUCCGAGGAUUGUUAAACAUGACAAGAGGAAGCCCGAAAUGUCAAACCGAGGCUGUCGCAGUAAAAGAGGAUGCCGAAAAGCCUGCUGAAUGCCAGACAGAGGACAGCGAAGGGAACGGUGAGGUUGAAGAAGAGGAUGCUGACGGGGAAGACGAGGAAAAAGAGAAGAGUGAAGAAGAUGAUGAGGAGCAUAAAGAGAAAUCCAGCAAGAAUUGAGCCUUCAAAAGAAACUCGUAUGUUUUGUGCUGCAAAUCAUCAAGUGUAGUCGUCACCGGCUUUUGUCACGCAUUCCUGUAAACAAACAAUACUUUUUCCACUCACGACUCCACGCAUACAUCUCUUGCCUACAACAACCUGCCAUCUCUUGAUGUGACUCUUCGGUAAUCCC